AAGAUCGAAAAUACUAGGAAUCGGACUCGAUCAAACUGUUGCUGACAACCAUGGCAGUGCGUUUUAAAACAACCGUGCAAAAGGAGGAAACUGUUCUCACUCCUGAAACAGCAUCAUCGGACAGUUCAGCAAGUGCAGAAAAGACGUUCACAGCGGAAAAAAUUCCAGCAAUUGUUCAUCUGUUCAAAAUGGCUGAUGUUGAUAAAAGUGGAGGCCUGGACAUGGACGAGUUUUAUGGGGUUAUGAAGGAAAUAAACCCCGACAUCCUCGAAGAAGAGGCUUGUGUCUUACACAUGAAGAUUGACACAAACUGUGAUCGAACUGUGGAUCUUGGAGAACUUUUACACUAUCUCCUUCAGAGAAAUGAGCAAGCAGAAGCUUUGGACUACAAGAACCUACUCUUCCCUUAUGGUUUUACAUAUAAAGAUGGUGACAGUUGGAAUAAAAUUGUGAAAAUGAUUUGCCGCCCCACCAAGAAUAUAACUGCUCCAGAUUUCAGAGACUAUUGUCCAAUGGAACCAGUCCGGUCUUACAAAGACUAUACUUACAUUUCGAUCACUUCAAAUGGCAAACUGAAGUUCUGGUCAAAUGAUUUAGAAGUAUCAGACACUUUUUCCCUUCAGGACAGAGGGAUGGUGACACUUCCCUUUCACAAUCCUCCAAAAAUGCAGGUAAAUGAUAUGAUCUACAUCAGUGAUCUUAUGCUGCUGGCUGUCUCUACAACUGACAGAGAAGUCUUGUUUUAUAAUUGUAAGGAGUUUGCUGAUUUAACAAAGAUCAAAUACUGCAUCAUAGAGGAAGAUAUUACAGCCAUGGAGUACUACCGCGCUGGGAACAAAGGAAUUUUGGCCUUUGGUGAUUCAAGAGGAUAUUUGUAUGUGUUUGUCUCCUACUAUGUCCGUAUUAAUGGCCUUUUUUGCAAACGCAAGUUGCGAAGCAUCCGUGGAAAACACUACCCGAUUGUGACCAUCUCAUCUCUGCUAAAAAAGACCAGUACAGACUUUAACAGUCUAAAGAUGUUCGUUUUUGACGACAUUUGCACUCAGGUACAAUACCUUCCAUCUUUGCAUUUUUUCACCGUCUGUGGUGAAACAUCAAAAUCCAUGGCUCUUAUCGAGUGCAUCUUUGACCAAGAGAAAAAGAUGCCUGAUGUCAACACACAAAUCUUUACAAGCCCAGAAGACCACAGAUACUACCGUUGUGUUGCUUAUUCCCAUAACUCCAAGUAUUUUUUGACUGGUGGAUUAGCUGGCGUUCUACGUGUAUGGUUUCCUCACAAAACCAGAUCAUGUGAACGCGAAUUACAUGGACACAAGGAAACUGUCAGCCACAUCAUUUACAACCCUAUAGAGAAACUUUUUCUCAGCAUGUCUACAGACAAAAAAAUAUGCAUUUGGGUUGACGGAGAAUGGAUCUGCAAACAGACUAUUUAUCCCAGUGACCUGCCAUCGACAGCCCCAAUAUCUAGUGUAUGCUACAACAUACACAACAACGAGUUGUAUGUGGCAAACAAAAACAUUGCUAAAUGUUUUGGAAGAGGAACGAACGCUUUUCACGAGACUUUGAAAUCCCACGAACAUCCUUUGAGCAGCAUGAUAUAUCACAGCAUCUACAAACAAGUUGUCUCUGUUUGCCAGAAAGGUAUUGUUACAGUGUGGGAUAUCUUGUCAGGAAAGGCUGUUAUGCAGUUUGACAUUUCACAAAACAAGUAUGCGGGUCAGACAUUCAUAUCAUUCGAUGAAGUCAACCGCAAACUCAUUACAGUUUCUCAAAACCGGAUGGUUCAACAGUGGAACUUUAACAAUGGAGAAAUGCUUGACGUCCUACCAGAAAAAAUACCAAAUGAUGUGACCAGCAUUGUCUGCAUAAAUGAUGAAAUGUUUGUCUCCGCAAAGGAUUGCCCAGAUAUCUUACAACUGGACUCCAAAGGACAGUUGAAGAAUGUUUUGAAUCAUUUUCUUUUAGAUGACAUUUGCUCCAUGGAUUACCAUGAAGACAGACUGAUCACGGCAUCCACCAAUGGAAAUGUUCUCACCUGGGAUUUAGAAACUUUACAAGUUUGGGAUUAUAUCAAGACAACAGAUAAGCCCCAAGUACAUAGGGUUGAAAUAUACCUUCGCCAGCAAUCGUUUCAACAGGAUUUUCAGCCUGAGUCUACAACGAGGGAAAAUGAAAAAGAAAGCCCUCUUAUAGUAAAAUGUCUGAGGACCAGAAGUGUGGGCCCUAAAAGAGCAACAUUGCUGAUUACAAGAGAUACGCACAUUACUGCCUGGUCCACAACAAUUAAUGGAGGAUUGAUAAGUAGGUUUAAGGUAGUAAAGGACGAUGACGCUGAGAUUACUUGCAUAUUUCUUUCUGAAACUGAAACAACUUUACUGACAGGAGAUAGCAAUGGAGUAGUCUGUUUGUAUGAUAUUCAAGAUUUUGGCAUUCAAAGUAAAGAUGACAAGAUGGAAUUUGAAACAGUAAAUGGAUGCAAACUCCCUUUGCAAUCACCUCCAUUGCUAGCAUCUUGGCAAGCUGCCCAUUCUACAUUGGUAAGUGUGGCAUGUGAUCCUGCUUGUGAGAAAGUAAUUACCGGAGAGCUGCAAUACAAUGUGAAACUCUGGACAAACACUGGUACCCUUGUUGGCACAUUUGGGAAGGAUCGAUGGGUGAACAUGGUUCAAAAACAUCAUAUCCCGCCAUUAGAGACAACAAACUUCGGUAUCCCAGGGUUGGUACGACAAGAACUAAAAAAGAAAAAGGCUGACCUAGGACCAGGUAAUGCAUUAAAACUGAUGACGGAUGGCAAUUGUUUUGUAUCUCUUUUACAUUUAUUUGAAUGCCAACCCGAAAAGAAAGUUCUGAUACAAGCUUUGUCAGAAGAACCGACUCCUCUAGAGAUUAUUUGGAAUCGUACACUUAAGGCACUUAACAGGAUAGAACAGGAAUUGAAAUUAGUGAAAAAGAUAAAACAAAAUUCAGCGGUACGACAUAUAAGUGCUUUGGAAAAAUUAAUCGCUCAUUGGAUAGAAGAUGAAAAGGAAAAUUUUGAACUGUCUACGGAUGAGGUCCUGGAACAGUCUGAAUCUGUUGAAACACAACAUUCAGUGAUAAACGUGGUAGAAACCACAGAAAGUACUGAGGCUGAGGAAACAUCUGAAAAAGAGGAUUCAUCGACUUGCUUUGGCACAUCCUUCAACAGAUGUAACAACAACUAA